AACGGCAGUGCUAUUACAAAGACCCCGGUCUUCAAUUCCGUUCUAGCCUUUGGGUGCCACAGAGCGGUAGCCAGCAAGUUCUAUACACUAUAAACCCUUUGUGUCUCUGCAGACGCAAUCUUCGAACAUGGCGGACGAACCUGGUCAACCCCCCGCUCUCACAACUUUGAGCCUUGCCGAAAAGGCGCCCGAUUCCAAGGCAGUCGGACAAAAGAUUACACCUUUUGACGUCUCUGGUGGAGUCGAUGAAUCUGGAAAGCUCUUACCGGUUGACUAUGACAAGCUGGUGCGCGAAUUCGGUGCCACUCCUAUCACACCAGCCUUGCUCGAACGCUUUGAGAAAGUUACCGGCCAUCGCCCUCACAGGUUUAUGCGCAGAGGAAUUGUUUUUAGUCACCGUGAAUUGACUACCAUUCUGGAUCGCUAUGAAAAGGGCCAGCCAUUCUACCUUUACACUGGACGAGGACCCAGUAGUGACAGCAUGCACGUUGGACACACAAUUCCCUUCGAAUUCACCAAAUGGUUGCAAGAUGUUUUCGACUGCCCAUUGGUUAUCAUGCUUACUGACGACGAGAAAUUCAUGCAUUCGCAAAAGAUCGAUGUCGAGGACGCAAAGAGAUAUACCAAGGCGAAUGCCAUGGACAUUAUCGCUGUUGGUUUCGAUAUGAAGAAGACGUUCAUCUUCAGCGAUUUUGAUUUUGUGGGCGGCGCUUUCUACGAGAACAUGUGCAGGAUGGCCAAGCGUAUUACAAUCAACUCUAUAAAGGGAACGUUCGGAUUUAACGACAGCAACAACAUUGGUGAAUUCCAUUUCUGUGCUACUCAGUCCGCCUCGGCCUUUGCCACCAGUUUCCCGCAUAUCUUUGGCACAGACAGAAAGAAGGUCUCGUCCAUCCCGUGUCUGAUCCCUUGCGCAAUCGACCAAGAUCCUUAUUUCCGGCAAUGCCGUGAAAACGCCGAGAAGAUGAAGUACAAGAAGCCUUCACUGAUCCAUGCAAUCUUCCUACCUGCCCUUCAAGGCCCUGGCUCCAAGAUGUCCGCUAGCGUGGACACAUCCGCCAUCUUCAUGAACGAUACCCCCGCCCGUAUCAAGAACAAGAUCAACAAGUAUGCCUUCUCGGGCGGCCAAGAUACCGCUGAACUCCAGCGUCAGCUCGGCGGAAACAGCAAAGUCGAUGUUCCGUUCCAGUACCUUACUUUCUUCCUGGAGGAUGAUGAAGAACUUGAGCGCAUUCGUACUGCAUAUGAGAAGGGAGAGAUGCUCACUGGCGAGAUGAAGCAGAAGUGUAUCGCUGAGCUGCAAACCUAUGUUAAAGAUUUCCAAGAGCGCAGGGCCCAGGUAACUGAGGAGAUGCUCAAGGAGUAUAUGAGUACUCGCCCACUUGAGUGGAAGGGUAACCCCAACCCAAUUGUUGUCGAAAAAAAGAAAUAGAGCAAGUGGUACCUUCCAGCCACUACAGUUUUAGACGAGUUCUGUUUAGAGAUGCAUUACCCUGCAGCUACACGAUCAAUGACCACCACACAAUGU